AUGGCGAAAAGCAUUCGGUCUAAAAGGAAAAGAAAACUUCGAGCUCAGAGAAGAGAACAGUUAAAACCAAGGGUAAAAGCGCAGCUUGAGAAGACACUUGGGCUAAGUGACAAGGAGAUGUUCGUUGACAUACAAAAAGACGAAGAGAACAAAAGUGAAGUAGAAACAUUUGAUAAGGAAGACCCAAUGAUCAUGAAUAACGCAGCUGCAGGUGAGUAUGAUACACUGAAUGAUACAACUAAACCAAAUCUAAAUCAGUUUAAAUGUUCUUCAUUUCAUACAGAAUGUUACAGAGAGGAAAAUUUUGAGCUCUUUUUGACAUCUCGCAUUAUGUGAGAUCCAAAUCUUAUGAUUAUGUUACAACAUAAGGCUAAAAUGUUUACUGUCUAUGUACGUAUGCAUUAAAAUCUGAACGACAAGUCAGAAGGAACAAGUUAUUAACUCUUCUUGUGUGUGUUUCCACAUCAACAGAACAGGGUACUGAGGAUGUUGUGAUGACAACAGAAGAUGGACCUCAGAAAAAGCUCACAAAGAAAGCCCUCAAGAGAAUCAACAAGACAAAUAAUUUGAAAAGGCUUGGCAACAAGAAAAGAAAAAAUAAAAAGAUUUUGAAGUGGUGA